AUGGCCGCCGCGGCUGCCGCUGCUGCUGAGGCGGAGGCCGCGGAGGCCGCGGAGGCGGAGGCCGAGGCCCCGGCGCAGGGGGGCGCGCCCCGGGCCCAGGCCCGGCCCCAGCCGCCGCUGCGGAGCCCGCCGGGAGCCCCCGGAGCGCGGCCACGGCGCAGCUGCCGCCAUGGCCCAGACCCUGCAGAUGGAGAUCCCGAACUUCGGAAACAGCAUCCUGGAGUGUCUGAAUGAGCAGCGGCUGCAGGGCCUGUACUGUGACGUGUCCGUGGUCGUCAAGGGCCACGCCUUUAAAGCCCACCGGGCCGUGCUGGCGGCCAGCAGCUCCUACUUCCGGGACCUGUUCAACAGCAGCCGGAGCGCGGUGGUGGAGCUGCCGGCCGCCGUGCAGCCCCAGUCCUUCCAGCGGAUCCUUAGCUUCUGCUACACGGGCCGGCUGAGCAUGAACGUGGGCGACCAGUUCCUGCUCAUGUACACGGCCGGCUUCCUGCAGAUCCAGGAGAUCAUGGAGAAGGGCACCGAGUUCUUCCUCAAGGUGAGCUCCCCCAGCUGCGACUCGCAGGGCCUGCACGCCGAGGAGGCCCCGUCGUCCGAGCCCCAGAGCCCUGUGGCGCAGACGUCAAGCUGGCCGGCCUGUGGCACCCCGCUGCCCCUCGUGUCCCGGGUCAAGACGGAGCAGCAGGAGUCGGACUCCGUGCAGUGCACGCCGGUGGCCAAGAGGCUGUGGGACAGCGGCAGCAGCGGUGGUGGCAAUGGCAGCCGCAAGAUGGCCAAGUUCUCCACACCGGACCUGGCUGCCAACCGGCCGCCCCAGCAGGCCCCGGUGGUGGCGGCGGCACAGCCGGCCGGGGGGGCUGUGGUGGCGGCGGCGGGGGCCGGCACUGGGCAGCCGGCCGGGGGGGCGGCGGCGGCGGCGGCAGGGGGCGUGGUAAGCGGGCCCAGCACGUCAGAGCGGACCAGCCCGGGCACCUCGAGCGCCUAUACCAGCGACAGCCCUGGCUCCUACCACAAUGAGGAGGACGAGGAGGAGGACGCAGGCGAGGAGGGCACGGACGAGCAGUACCGGCAGAUCUGCAACAUGUACACCAUGUACAGCAUGAUGAAUGUCGGCCAGACAGCCGAGAAGGUGGAGGCCCUCCCUGAGCAGGUGGCCCCCGAGUCCCGGAAUCGCAUCCGGGUACGGCAAGACCUGGCGUCUCUCCCAGCUGAGCUCAUCAACCAGAUUGGCAACCGCUGCCACCCCAAGCUCUACGAUGAGGGUGACCCCUCCGAGAAGCUGGAGCUGGUGACAGGUACCAAUGUGUACAUCACGAGGGCGCAGCUCAUGAACUGCCACGUCAGCGCGGGCACGCGGCACAAGGUCCUGCUGCGGCGCCUCCUGGCCUCCUUCUUCGACCGGAACACGCUGGCUAACAGCUGUGGCACCGGCAUCCGCUCUUCCUCCAACAACCCCAGCCGCAAACCGCUGGACAGUCGCGUCCUGCACGCUGUCAAGUACUACUGCCAGAACUUCGCUCCCAACUUCAAGGAGAGCGAGAUGAACGCCAUCGCAGCUGACAUGUGCACCAAUGCCCGCCGCGUUGUGCGGAAGAGCUGGAUCCCCAAGCUCAAGGUGCUCAUGGCCGAGGGAGACGCCUACACCACCUUCAUCAGCGACACGGGCAAGAUAGAGCCGGACAUGAUGGGUGUGGAGCAUGGCUUCGAGACGGCCAGCCACGACGGCGAGGCCGGCCCCUCGGCCGCCCCCCCCCAGUAACUACCGCCGGCCCCUCCCCGCGGGGCCGUCACAGCCCCCCCCCCUCCCCCCCCCCCCCGUCACACCCGCCCACCCUCUUGGUCACGAGCUACUGUCUGUCCCUCCCCAGGACCCGCGGGGGGCGCUGCAUGCUCCCAGCCCCUCUGCCUCCCCAUCCCACUCUCCGGCCCCCAUGUGAGCGGCUAGGAGAGGGCAGCAGCUGGUGCGGGCUCUGCGCUGCCUUUCUAGUGCGCUCGGGCACCGUCGGGGGGCUUCUGCUCCCCCUCCCCUAGCCCCCAGCUGUGGUCUCCCCACUCACCAGGCCAGGUGUGGGGAGGGGCCGGCCUGGGGGGCUCAGGAAGGCCCCCUCCCCAGGCCCUGGGCC